AUGGAAAGUAAACUAUAAAAUUUCGAGAUCCUAAACAAAUUAGGCUCUGGAGCUUAUUCAUAAGUGUAUAAAGUGUAGAGAAAGUCUGAUGGGAAAUUAUAUGCUUUGAAGAAAGUGAAAUUGAUUGAUAUUGGAGAUAGAGAGAAACAGAACGCAUUGAAUGAAGUUCGGUUUAUAGCAUCUAUUCAUCAUGAGAAUGUAGUUUCAUAUAAAGAAUGCUUUAUUGAAGAUAAUAAUUUAUGUAUAAUAAUGGAGUAUGCUGAGGGAGGAGAUCUGUUACAAAAGAUUUAAAGAUAUGUGAAAAAACAAUAGAUGAUUCCAGAGUAAUAGAUAUGGUAAGCGGCAAUAUAGGUGUUAUAAGGUUUGCGAGCAUUGCAUCAUAAAAAAAUAUUGCAUAGAGAUUUGAAGUGUGCAAAUAUCUUCUUAUACGACAAUGAUCAUGUAAAACUAGGAGAUUUUAAUGUUUCCAAAUUGGCUAAGAAUGGACUUGUCUAUACAUAAACUGGUACUCCCUAUUAUGCCAGUCCAGAGGUUUGGUAAGACAAACCUUACGAUCAUAAGGCAGAUCUCUGGUCCUUGGGGUGUGUCAUAUAUGAAAUGUGUGCCUUGAAACCACCCUUUAGAGCCAAAGAUAUGGAUAGUCUAUAUAAAUCUGUUCUAAGAGGACAAUAUUAACCAAUCCCUGUUAUCUACUCCUAAGAAUUAGUUUAAUUGAUCAAAAGCAUGAUGCAAGUUCAACCUUCAAAUCGUCCUGAUUCUGAUAAAUUACUACAAUUCUCUUUCAUUUAGAAGAAAGCCAAACUAUAUGGGAUUCCUUUGAUUAAUGAUGAAAUCGAGGAUGAUUUGUUAAAGACCAUCAAAUGGCCUAUUACUAGAAAAGGCUUAUAAACAAAUAAAUCAGAACUCAUAAAUUUAAAUUGUUAAUUACCUGGGAGCAAUUAUUUGAAUUAACACAAUUCCAAUCAUAUCAAGAGGAAAGACCAAUCUAAUAGAAUAAGAUCUUAGGAUACUAAUGAUUCCAUCUCUGUAAAUCAACCUAAUGAAGCUUUACAUCAAUUGAUGAAACAAAUUACUCAAUUGGACUAAAAGGAAGAUGAAAAAACUUCAAAUGUCAAUCACAAUUUAAAUAAAUCCAUUUAAAAAUAGGCAAUCUAAGAAAAUAUCCAACCAAUUGACCGAAGAUUGCGAGUAUCCAAUUCUACUCAUGAAAAACACGAGAGAUAUGAAUCCAAUUAACAAUCUAAAUGCGCUUCUAAGGAUAGACUAGACCAUCAAAUAUAAAUCAAUUCUAACUAUUAUGCGAAAGAUGUUAUCCAAUCUCUAAAUAAAUAGCAUUAUUCUUAAAAGUUACCAAUAAUUAGUGGAAUUUAAAAAUAAGGGGAGGAGUAUAUUUUAAGAAAAAAUUCCUCUAAUGAGAGAAACUCUAGUAGUUAUCUGAAAAGAUCACAACAUGAAACUUAGAAAAAAGAUUUAUCUAUUCAACCAAGUGCUGAAAGACCAACAGCUUUAAUGAAAAUUAUAGAGGAACAUCAAUAAUUACCUAAAAUUAAAAAGAAGUACUGA